AUGCAGGCCUACUUGCCUACCUACCUCACCAUUUUCAUUAGUUGGAUUUCAUUCUCGUUGGGACCUCGAGCAAUUCCUGCACGAACAAUGCUGGGCGUCAACGCCUUGUUAGCGAUGAUCUUUCAGUUCGGCAACAUCAUGCGAAAUCUUCCCAGAGUGUCCUAUAUCAAAGCCAUUGGUGAGCGCUCAUUUAAUUACAAUCAAUGGACCGUUGUGGUCUUUUUAUCGCAAAUCUCAUUAUCGGUUACAUUGAAAGGAGAGCGUUUUCUGAGGUUCUUUACAAAGACGUUGCUGGGGAUCGAGAAUAUGAAAGGAUAUUCCGGGAAAAGUUGGCACAGUGACUAA